GCUGUUGCGCAUGCGCGGUCCUCCGCAGAGGUGGUUACUUGAGUGCCUGCGCGGGGUCCUGGCUUGACAUUGAUCUGGCCGCCAUGUCGCAGCAGCAAGCGCAGUCCCGCGUCCCUCCGGCCGCCGCCGCCUCCCCUGCCGCCUCCAGCUCGGGCCUGAUUGGCUUCCUCCGCCACCAAGUCAAGCAUCGGCCCAGCCUGAUUCCACUUUUCUUAAUUAUGGGGACCGCUGUGGCUGGAGCUGGACUCUAUCUGAUGCGUCUGGCUUUGUUCUGUCCCGAAGUCAGAUGGGAUAAGAAGAAUAACCCGGAGCCGUGGAACAAUCUGGAUCCUACUCACCGUUACAAGUUUAUUUCUGUCAACAUGGAUUACAGCAAGUUGCAGAAAGACCGUCCCGACUUCUAAAAGUGAGGGUGAUUUUCCGUCCUUGCAGAAGCCGUCUUCCGGAAGCUGACCGCACAACCCCGUACCCAGCGUCACAAUGCAGGAAAUAAAAGAAAUGUUUGUGUGUGCAUCGCCCUGAAAAAUAAUGUGUUGGAGACGUGCAUGCUUAAAAUUAAUAAAUCAACCUCUUGAAAACUUAA